AUGUUUAAAAACUCACUCAGGACGUUCUCUAAGGUGCGGUUCAAUUCCCCACCGAUUACUUACAGAAGAUUCAAUAACAAUCAAGGAAAUUCAUUUCGUCAACUUCUCUUCGAUGCAACUUCCAGAAGAUAUCUCGCAAUUUUGUUUGGAGGGGGGUCACUAUUCUAUUUGACACAUUUGGAGGAAGCGCCGGUAAGUGGUAGAACUCGUUUCAUAUGGUUACCUCGGUGGCUUGAGCUAAAAGUUGGCGAAUAUUCCUACCGGUCGAUCAUAGGCCAAACCAGAGGAUCCAUAUUGCCACCGAAUCAUCCACUGACGCAAAAAGUUUCGAGGAUAUUCGAGAAGAUAGUUGAAGCUGCCGAGAAAGAUCCAACGAUUGAUAAAAACCUGAUUACAGGAGUUAAAUGGCAGGUGCAUAUAGUGGAUGACCCCAGAGCGCCCCCUAAUGCGUUCGUUUUACCGGGCGGGAAGGUGUUCGUGUUCAGCAGUAUUUUAGGAAUUUGCAAAAACGAAGAUGGCCUAGCAACCGUGCUGUCUCACGAGUUUUCACACCAACUGGCGAGACACACGGCUGAAAAUUUGUCAAAAGCUCCAAUUUACUCGAUAAUAGGUGCUAUACUAUACACAGUUACAGGGGCCGAUGUUUUCAAUAGACUACUACUAGAUGGUCUUCUGCGGAUGCCUGCAUCAAGACAGAUGGAAACGGAGGCUGAUUAUAUCGGCUUGAUGAUUAUGUCUCGAGCAUGCUUCCAUCCAGAAGAAUCGGUUCGCCUAUGGCAAAGAAUGGCGGAAUUUGAACAACAGUCUAAGAGGCCUGGAAUGGUUAAUGUAGAAUUCUUAAGCACACACCCGGCUAGUAAUAGGAGAAUUGAGAAUAUGGAAAGCUGGUUACCCAAAGCAAGGGAGCUUUACUCUCAAUCGAAUUGCGGAGGUAUCGGCGGAUAUUACGACAGCUUUCAAAGUGCAUUCGGAGUUCCUUCAUUUGAACCCAAGACCAUAUGGGGAUUUUGA